AGCUAAUGUUUCACAUACUGAUCGAGUUAACUAACGCAGCAUCAGGCGGGGUCCGCCGGAGAUCUGAUCUUCGCUGAGCUGAGCUAUGGCGGGCUUGGUAGAUCCAGUUGCAGGGCGGCUUUUGGACCGGCUAGUUCAUGUAGUGGACGAAAACAAGUCGUUACUGGAAGAGAUAAAGAACCAGGUGGACGGUCUGUUGGUGGAAAUGGAAAACUUGAUCGCGCAUCUGGAUCCGGCGUCGAGAAACCGGAGGGAGCUGGUGGACCAGAUCUCCGACGUUGUAAUGGAGGCGGAGGACGCCAUCCGCAAGUACGCGGUGGAGAAGAAGAACCACAAAGACAAAGGGUUGCUCAGAUACUUGGAAAUGUCGGAUUACUCUUCCAGGAUUAGCGAUUCUGUUAAGGAGAUCAAAGCCAUCAGAUACAAAGUUAGGGAAAUCUGGGAAUCUAACGCCGCCGCUCUUCAGGCCCUCAUAGAUCACCACGGCCAACCUCAACCUGCUAUUCAUGUCAUGGCUCCGGUGAUGAUGGAAGAAGUUGAUGCAGUGGGCAUUGAUAGUGAGGCAAAAUUAAUAAAGGAUCGUCUUAUCAAGGGACCAGCUCAUUUGAGGGUCAUCUCAAUUGAGAGAAUGGCGGGGAUCGGCAAAACCACUUUAAGUAAAGUGAUUUUUGAUGACUACGAGAUUCAAUAUGAAUUUUUCACUUGUCUUUGGGUUUGUGUCUCGAAAAUGAUGAACUUAAAGCAGAUAUUUCUUGACAUUUUGAGUAACUUCACCAAAAACACCAAAGAGUUUCAAGGCAUGUUGGAAGAGAAGUUAGCUGAUAAAAUAAAAGAAUACUUGGAGAACGGGAAGUAUUUUAUAGUAGUAGACGAUGUGUGUACGGAGAGAGAUUGGGACUGCUUACAAAUUGCUUUUCCCAACAAUAACAAAGGCAGUAGAGUCUUGUUAACCACUCGCGUCCACGAUGUGGCUUCUCAUGCGUCGUCUACGGGUAACCCCACCAGCUAAAAUUUUUGAAGAAUGACUUGAUCAAUAAGUUCACUACAGAUCAGAGACGAUGCAUUCAUGUGGUUUCUGACCAUUCAGUGGCGUACGUGAAUAUCUUGCAUGCUGCCAUACCAUUGUCCUUCUUUUCCAUCUUCAAUUCUCAAGAGGGACUAUGUAUUGUUGGUUAAUUUGUUGUUACUAUAUAUCCUUUGAUUUCCACCGCGGG